AUGCCGAUUCCUCCCUUGUCUUCCUCCUCGCCCUCCUCCGCCACCAUCAAGACUCGCAUCCUCAUCAUAUCAGACACGCACAGCUCUGUCCCACAAACUAAAGAAGACAAUCCCGUCAACACCGAGGAUGAGCUCGAAACCCCCAGAGGCAAGCUCUACGCUCCCUCGGGCUUCAGAACCCCGCUCCCCGAGGCAGACGUCGUGCUUCACUGCGGCGACCUGACCAAGCGUGGACAGCCCGAAGAGAUCCGCAAAACCUUUUCCAUGCUGAGAAAACUACCCGCACCUCUGAAGCUCGUGAUUGCGGGAAACCACGACAUGAUGCUUGACAAGGUGUUUUACGAGCAGCGCUUCGGUGGCGAAGAGGAGGAGUAUGACGAAGUGAACCAGAUCAUCAAGGAAGCCGAGGAGGACGGCGUCAAGUAUCUCGCCGAGGGGACGUACGACCUGGACCUCACCAAUGGCUCCCGGCUGCGCAUCUUUGCAAGUCCAAACACUCCCAUAUACGGCUACUGGGCAUUUCAGUACAAAGCAGGCGAGCACAACUUCGACAUCCCGGCUGACGUCGAUAUCGCCAUGACCCACGGCCCUCCCCUGGGCAUCCUCGACCAGACGCGUGGGAACAACAACGCCGGCUGCGGAAACCUCUUCCGGUCCAUACACCGCGCAAAGCCCAAAAUCCACUGCUUCGGUCAUAUCCACGAAGCAUGGGGCGCUCACCUGAUCCGAUGGAAGGCCGACACCGACAUCCCUGGAUUCGAGGAGGACGGCACUCGACAGCAGCAAACCGCCGGCUCACAACCAAUCAUCUCGCCCGCUACCGCUGCCGACUGGGAGAACUCGCGCCUCAUUUAUACCCUCACGCCACCCCCUAUAUCCAUCCCCACAAACGACUCGGUGGUUGGUAGGGAGGAUCGGAACCUCUUGGAGCUAAGCAAGGACCGAGGCUGCUACCUCGACCUCACAGAAGGGGAGAAUAUGCUCAAGCAGGGAGAGGAGACGCUCUUUGUUAAUGCUUCCAUUAUGAGUAUCCGGUACCGUCCAUCACAGAUGCCCUGGGUGAUAGACAUCGACUUGCCGAGGACAAGAGCGUAA